GAGAUGCGUGGAAGGCACUCGAUAUUUUUGGUUGUCGUUUGUUGUAGUAGGUAGCUGGUAAACGGCAACACAGCACCGCCAUUUCCCUGUCCUCAUGGAAUCAAUCUGUGCCGCUCGUAGUACUCGCGCCAGAUUUUUAACACCACAUUUCCGCACUCUUACUUCUCACCACGUCAUCAAUGGACGCCUUCCGGCAAUGCCGCCUUCUUCUUCAAACCGUCGUCACAAUCUCUCCCUUCCACCCUCUUUUCCGAUCAACCUCCUCGGUCAACGUUUCGAAAUCCGACGCCGGAACACCGUUCACACUGAGCAUUCUCCGUCGACGAGCUCGAGAUUGGCCAUCCGCGCUUCGUCUGAGAGCACCGAUGCUCCGCCGAGUUCAAAUACUAAGGCUGUGAUCUUGAACUCUGCAGUUACUGUGAUCCUUGGGGUAGCUAAUCGGGUGCUUUACAAACUCGCACUCGUUCCAAUGAAGGAAUAUCCGUUUUUCCUAGCUCAGGUCACUACUUUCGGGUACUUGGGUAUUUACUUUUGCAUGCUUUAUUUGAGAUACCGUGCUGGGAUAGUAACCAAAGAUAUGAUGACCCUUCCAAAGUCAAGUUUUUGGCUCAUUGGCUUUUUGGAAGCCCUUGGAGUUGUUUCUGGAAUGUAUGCUGGAGCCAUGCUUCCUGGACCAUCCAUUCCAAUACUGAGUCAGACCUUUUUAGUGUGGCAGUUGGCUCUUUCUUUUUUGUUACUUGGGACGACAUACACUCCAAAUCAAAUUUUUGGGUGCUUACUAGUAGCUGCUGGUGUGGUAUUGGCAGUUACAAGUGGAUCAGGCAGUGGUAAUAUGUUUUCUGGAAUUGCUUUGCUUUGGCCUGUUUUAAUGAUAGCUUCAAGUGCUUUUCAAGCAGGUGCAUCCAUUAUUAAGGAAUCUGUCUUCAUUAAUGCUGCAACCCAACUUAAGGGAAAGAUGCUUGAUAUUUUUGUCGUCAAUUCAUUUGGAUCUGGAUUCCAGGCUCUUUUUGUUCUACUAUUUCUGCCUUUCCUGUCAAACUUGAAGGGCAUACCAUUUUCUCAGCUGCCUUCUUUCCUCAAGAGUGGAGCUGGUUGCUUCUUCAAUAUUGGAAAUGAUACAUCAGGCUGUGACGGAGCCCCAUUGCUGCCUCUCCUUUACAUAACUACCAAUAUAGCUUUCAACAUAUCGAUUCUCAAUCUGGUGAAAAUUUCGACGGCUGUUGUUUCUUCCCUUGCUGUGAUGUCAUCAGUACCAUUGUCAAUUUAUCUACUUUCUCUUCCAAUGCCAUAUCUCCCGGAAGGUUCAAGCUUGAGCCCUUUCUUCCUUCUAGGCAGUUUGGUUCUUAUCAUAGGUCUUGUUCUGUACAACUUACGGUGGCCACUCAAGCAAGACUCAGAAACUGUGCGAGAUUGAUUUGCUUCAUUUGAAACUGAUAAACGUUCUUGGGGAUUGCGAGUCUAUAAUUCUUUAUUAUUACCAUUAAAAUAUUUCUUAUGUACGUGGAUGGUUUAUGCCUGCAACAAAGGAGGAAUUCAAUUCGUAUUCAGUAAAUGUUUAAAAGCUUACUAAGUUCAUAAA